AUGAUAGGGACUGGCACAUUUGGAAAAGUAUACUUAGGUUUACUAGAAGGAUAACCGGUAGCAAUAAAAUGCCUUAAAAAGAGUUAAAUUAUAUAAAUGAAGUAGACUGAUCACAUAAAAUAGGAAAAAUUGGAAUCAUUCUAAGACAAGGCUCAUCUAUAUUUAACCUUUGAAUAUAUCUAAGGUGGAGAGAUAUUUAGACUUUUAAGGAAAGAAGGAUUAUUUCCUAAUGAUCCAGCCUUGUUUUACACUACUGAAAUUGUAUUAGCAUUAGAAUAUCUGCACAGCAAAAAGAUCGCAUAUAGAGAUCUUAAGCCUGAAAACUUGCUAAUAGCAAGUGAUGGACAUUUGAAGAUCACAGAUUUUGGAUUUGCGAAGAAAAUUGUAGAUAGAAGUUUUACACUCUGUGGUACUCCUGAGUAUUUAGCACCGGAGAUUAUUAUGACUUGCGGUCACAACUAGGGUGUUGAUUGGUGGGCCUUGGGUGUCCUACUAUUUGAAAUGCUAGCUGGCUAUCCUCCUUUUUAUGAUUAAAACCCUUAUGAGAUAUAUCGUAAGAUUUCAAUAGGUUACUAUGAAUUCCCACCAACCGUAUCAAUCAAUGCAAGAAAACUCAUUGAUUCUCUAUUGAAUCAUGAUAUCUCUAAAAGACUUGGCUGUAUGAUUGAUGUAAAAAAUCAUAUUUGGUUCAAAGGAGUAGACUGGAAUGCUGUGUUGAAAAAGGAGAUCCCCCCACCCUGGGUCCCUGAACUUAGAGGAUAAACUGACUUUCAAUACUUUGACGACUAUCCAGAAUCGAAUGAGCCAAUCAUAGAAAUUCCUGAUACUCACUAGAAAGUAUUUGAAGACUUUUGA